AUGUGCCCCAACAUCUGCCCUAACAUCUGCCCCAACAUCCUCCCCAUCAUCUGCCCCAACAUCUGCCCCAACAUCUGCCCCAACAUCUUCCCCAUCAUCUUCCCCAUCAUCUGCCUUAACAUCUGCCCUAACAUCUGCCCCAACAUCUGCCCUAACAUCUGCCCCAACAUCCUCCCCAUCAUCUGCCCCAACAUCUGCCCCAACAUCUGCCCUAACAUCUGCCCCAACAUCCUCCCCAUCAUCCGCCCCAUCAUCCGCCCCAUCAUCCACCCCAACAUCCACCCCAACAUCUGCCCCAACAUCCGCCCCAACAUCUGCCCCAACAUCUGCCCCAACAUCCGCCCCAACUACUGCCCCAACAUCCGCCCCAACUACUGCCCCAACAUCCGCCCCACGAUUUCCAUUACGAAUGAAUUUCGAGUCAACACAAUGUUCCGGAACGUCCCGUACUCUACUGCAGGUAUAGGUGUGCAAAUAGACCCGCCCACUCCCAUGCUCCAGACAUUCUUCCUCCUCAUCUUCUCUUCCUCUGCUGCUCCUUUAGACCCGGAGCGCGGUGGCGGUCACAUGAUCUCCACGGAUGACCUGGAGUACCCACGCGAGUACCGGAGCCUGGGCAAUGGCGCGCGCCGCUUCUCCAACGUGGGCCUCGUGCACACGUCCGAGCACCGGCACACGGUGAUGGCCGCUCAGAGCCUGGAGGCGCUCAGCAACCUGCACAAAGCCGAGCUGGAGCGCAAACGCGACGCCUUCAUGGACCACCUGAAGAACAAGUAUCCGCCUCAGCACUCGCUCCCUCCAUCGCCGUCUCCAUCCCACGGCAGCAUGAGGGGAAGUUCAGAGAGGAGCGCACGCGAACAGCAACAGCCAAACUACUGGAGUUUUAAGAGCCGUAGUCCACGCCAUUCCCAGUCCACUCAGUCUGGUUUGGCUGAUCAGGCAUCCAAAUUGUCCUACGCCUCAGCUGAGUCUCUGGAGACCAUGUCUGAGGCCGACAUGCCGCUUGGCUUCAAUCGCAUGAACCGCUUCCGUCAGAGCCUUCCGCUGUCCCGUUCUGCCAGCCAGAACAAACUGCGCUCUCCAGGAGUGCUGUUCCUGCAGUUUGGCGAUGAGACAAGGCGCGUCCACAUCACCCAUGAGUUGAGCAGUAUGGAGACUCUACACGCGCUCAUCGUGCACAUGUUCCCUCAGAAGCUAACAGCUAGCAUGCUCAAGUCUCCCAACACAGCCAUCCUGAUCAAGGAUGAGGCACGCAACGUCUUCUACGAGCUGGAGGACGUCCGGGACAUUCAGGACCGCAGCAUCAUUAAGAUCUACCGCAAGGAGCCAGUCUAUGGUUCCUAUACGGCGGCUGCACACCUGGCCAACGGAGACCUGCGGAGAGAGAUGGUGUAUGCUUCACGCGAGUCAUCACCCACUCGCCGUCUGAAUACCCUGCCCUCCUCAGGCUCCUCCCCUUCGUCCGCCUCUCCUGCCCGUUCCCGUCUUUCCUACAGCGGUGGUCGUCCUCCUUCAUUCUCCGGCUCUCAGCACGGACACCACGGACACCAUGGAUCUCCUGCUCACGGGCAAGGAGGGGGCAUGACUGCGUCACCAUCAGCCAUCCUCGAGCGCCGAGACGUCAAACCUGACGAGGAAGUCGCCGCCAAGAAUGCGCUCCUGAAGAACGAGAGCCUCUACGCGGACCCGUACAGCCUGGUGCCUGAUGGACAUCGUCUAAGCAUCACGUCCAUGGGCGAACCGCUGGGCAUGCCAGGGCCGGGCGGGCUCUACCGUCGCGGCUCUGUGCGCUCUCUGAGCACGUAUUCAGCCGUGGCGCUGCAGGGCGACCUGGAUGACUCGCUCUAUAAGCCGGGCGCACCGCUCUACCCUGACACCUACUCCGCUUUGGGCACGGGCUUCAGGCUGUCGACUUCGUCCUCUCCUCAGAAGAUGUCCGACUCGUAUUCGGGGACAUUGAGCCGCGGUUCGCCUGUCAGGCAGAGCUUCAGGAAGGACUCAUCCUCGUCUGUGUUUGUGGACAGCCCUAAAUCUAGGCCCAGCUCAAGUUCCGAGCCACUGGGUGGCGAGACGGGGAGGGUGAUUUCUGCCUUCGGGAAUGAGACUGACACACGCAGGGAUCGUAUGGAGGCCAUGGAGAAGCAGAUAGCGAGUCUCACAGGCUUGGUGCAGAGUGUCCUCACCAGAGCACCGGACAGCGACAGCACAUGCGGCCUGCUGCGGCUCUGCAUGAUGGCGGGCUGCCCUCGGGACCCAGGGACCGACUUCUCACGGCCCUUCCCUUUCUCUUCCAGCGAGAAGACGGAGUCCACCAGCGACGGCUCGGCCACAGGAACUCUGACCCCGUCGGCUCCGCUGGCCCUCAUGCCUCCUCCUCCUGCGAGCCCACACACCUCCACCGUGUCCAAACUCCAGAUGCAGCUCCACCUACACGAGCUCAAGCAGAAUGCCACUGACCUGCGCAAGCAGCUCGCCCAGCUCCGGAAGAUGCAGCUGCAGAAUCAGGAAUCAGUGCGCUCUCUGGUGAAGCGGACGGAGGCGGAGCUGAGUGUGCGAGUGUGUGAUGCUCUGAGGAAGCAGGAGGAUCCUCUCCAGAGACAGCGCCUCCUGGUGGAGGAAGAGAGACUCAAAUACCUCAACGAGGAGGAGCUCAUCAUCCAGCAGCUGCAUGAUUUGGAGAAGUCGGUGGAGGAGAUCCAGAAGGAGAGCUCAGUGAACCACAGACACAUCACAGUGCAGGAGCUGGAGGAGAAGAGCAUGGUGCUGAGGAGACUGGGAGAGACCCUCACUGAGCUCAAGAAUCAGUUCCCUGGGCUGCAGAGUAAAAUGCGUGUGGUGUUGAGGGUGGAGGUGGAGGCUGUAAAGUUCCUGAAGGAGGAGCCACACAGACUGGACGCUCUGCUCAAACGCUGCAAAACCAUCACGGAUAUACUCACCAUGCUCAAGAGGCAGGUGAACGAGGGCGUGAGGAAGAACAUGGAGGAGUACACCAACCCCUCACCCAAACACACCACCGGAGACGACUACAGGAAGAACGCUGACUUUGACAUUCCCACUAGCCCACCGCUCAACCUCAACGAGACCAGCCUGGCUAACUGGAGCCCUCAUGGCCACACCCAUCCCCAUGGCAACCCAUCACCAGGACAGUUGAAGGGGCGGGGCCUGGAGGAGCUGGGGGGCCGGGGAGGGGCUGAUAAGGUGUCCUCUGUGGAAGUCAGACUGGCAGCUGAAAGGGACUGGGAGGAGAAGCGAGCCAGUCUAACCCAGUACAGUGCUCAGGACAUUAACCGACUUCUUGAGGAAACCCAGGCCGAGCUCAUGAAGGCCAUCCCGGAUCUGGACUAUGCUGCUAAACAGAUCAAACCAGUUCAGAACCAAAACCAGAACCAGAACCAGAACCAAUGCGAGUCUCUGUCUAGCACCAACGCCACACCUGAGCACAAACCCAACAAACCUCAGCAUCCCACACACAAGGUCUCAAGCAAGGAAGGUAGCUCCAGGCGGGGAUCAGACGAGCUCACGGUGGCGAGGUAUCGCACGGAGAAACCGUCCAAAUCGCCCCCACCUCCGCCUCCCCGAAGGAGCUUCCCCACCUCACCAGGCCUCACAACACGCAGCGGAGAGGUGAUCGCCUCCACCAAGAGCAUGAAGAAAUCAGAAUCCGAGGAAACAGAGAUUCAGAAACCCCACGUGAAGUUGAGGAGGAGUGUCUCCGAAGCUCCCCGGCCUGCCUCCACGCCCCCGACAGUGGCAGGCGGAGAGCGAGAGGACGGAGAAGUGGAGCAGACAGCUGCAGAACUGGAGCAGUUCACAUUGUUGCAGGGAAGUCUUCACCAACCCAAACCUGACACACAGGUAAGAUACCUCCGUACUUUAGUGCUUGAUAAUCAGAAAAUACAACACGGUGUAAUACACGAUGUUUAUCCACAGCCUCCGGACAAGACUUCCUGUUCGUCCGUCCCUCAGAUCGUCCUGACCGGGUGUCCUACUUCGUCGUCAGAUAUCUCCACGAAAGGAACCACGACGCAGGUUUCCAACUCGGCACAACGAGACACGAGCACGGGAAGUCUUAGUUACAGCAGCUGCAUCGUCAAGAGUCCACGUCUGUCGCUGUGGAAAUGGGAGCCAUCGUCCACAAAUCAAACGCCAUGUCAGAUCCCGGAUUUAAACAGGACGAUAAAGGAGCUCCAGAAAGGCACGAUUCAUUCAGGUGAACCGUCUUCGUUUUCACCGUCACCUUCACCUUUAACAGCAAAGAAGCCAGCGAGAUUAGUGAAAACCGAGCUGAGGAUCCAGGAAUCCUUUGAGAUCGAUGAUGAGAAGGUAAUAGAUGAUGGAGAAGAGGAUCGAUCACAGAUCCAGGAGCGCAAAGAGGACAUUAGACAGAGCACGUAUCGGCGCCUGGACAAUCUGGAGGAGACCAUCCGCGAGCUGGAGCUCAGCCUUCUUGAUUUUGGGACUCCGACCAUCCCGACCUGGCCUCAAGGUAUUCCGGAUACCAAUUCCAAGACGUCGGCCAGCACCGCUCCUCCACCUCUAUCGACAGUAAAGAGCUCAGGAAGAGGAGAGAUUCGGAGACCUCCUGUUCCACCUAAACCAUCCAUAAAUACCGAUGCAGCCAAGAGUGGCGGUGGGAAGGCGAUAUCUCGCCUAAAGCACCUCCAACAGAGCGGCUUGGACAAGAGCAAGGUGGGCAAACAGAGAGAAGACUUCCUCAAGAGCCAGGGACACCAGCAGGUAUGCGUCUUCCACCCCAUUCUCUGUAUUCCCUCGCCCACUCCUGCCCCCCGCCCCGAGCUGAGCGAUGCGUUAUUACUUUAUGAACCCGCCGAUACGGAGUUGUUUCUGCCCCCCAGCACCCGGGCUGCUAGCUUCUCUGGCCGUCUGCCCUCUGGGUUCUGUAAUAACCACCAGGAGGAUCCGUUUUCCUCUUCUGGCCAGACCAAAGCCCUCCUGGCCACGCUCUCAACCGAGGCCCUGCUGCUUGCCACCACCCUCAGGCAUCGCCGGCUCCUCCGAGAACAGAGCACCAAUUCUUCAAAACCUCCCCCUUCGCUCUCCACCAACCACUCUUCACCCUCUUCAAGCUCCUCUUCCUCGGCCUCAACCCCUUCUCCUGUGUCCGCCGGCUCAUCCCAUGACCCAAACCUCUUGAUUGGCAACAGUACAACAAACAAGAAGAAAGGAAAUGAUGUCGUGCCCCAGUUUGUUCCAGCUGCCAACACUGAGUGAGGUACUGGGAUGAGAACGAACCUCCAUGCAAAAGAUAUGCACGUCAAGGUGAGAGAACAACAAAGACGGCUUGUAUUUAUAGAGUUUGAAAACUUCUUCAUCAUGUAGAAUCUCCUCCUCCAUCUUGGCUGAACCCUCGAGGAGCCUGGAGGAAUGAUAAAGGCUACAGCCCACACACACACAGCCUACCAUCUCUCAUUCGUUAUGGGUUUAUUCUUCUCCCAUCUGGAUCCUCCAGAAACCUGACAGUA